AAAUUAAACAAAAUUUAAGUGUAUAUUCUUCUCUUCUGUCUCCGCCGUGUAGACAACGAAACGACAGUGAAGAACAAAGAACCUCAAUUCAAUUCUUCCACAGAUAUUUAUACUUGCAAGGCCUAGGACGCAUGGGGAAGAUAAAACCACAAGCUCUUUUGCUGCAAAGCAAAAAGAAGAAGGGGCCAAGUGGAAUUAGUGUCCCUACGAUUAUGCUAUAUGGGUUAAUUGUUUCUGUAAUGGUGUUUUUCGUGUUUGCUACUUAUAGACACUGGUCUCGAAGGUCAAUGAUUCAGACACAGGAUGACUUGUCAACCACUGAGGGUGAAAAUACGUUUAUUGAGCAUAAGAGAUCUGAUGUCGAUGGCCCUGCUUAUGCUCUCAUAACCACCUCAAAAGGAUUGAUUACAGUGGAACUUUACAAGGAUGGUUCUCCUGACAUUGUUGACGAAUUUGUUGAUUUCUGUCAGAAGGGCCACUUCAAAGGGAUGCGAUUUAAUCGUGUAAUAAAGCACUUUGUAAUCCAUGGUAGUAAAGUUGAUAAAUCUGAAGGUACAGAAGAUUGGACUUCGAGGGGAAAGCAUUACAGUCGACUAGACACAAGCCUGAAGCACGAAGCAUUUAUGCUUGGUACUUCAAAAACAAAACAUGAAAGCGGAGGAUUUGAUCUGUUUAUAACAACUGCACCAAUUCCAGAUCUGAAUGACAAGAUCAAUGUAUUUGGGCGUGUAAUAAAGGGAGAGGAUAUCGUGCAGGAAAUUGAAGAGGUAGAUACAGAUGACCAUUAUCGACCCAAAACUCCUGUUCAGAUUAACGAAUUGACUCUGAAAUACAGCACUUGAAGGUUGCACUGUCCAUAACAUGAAGUUCUUUUUAUCCUCAUUGAAUGACGUCUGCAGCACAAACGUUCACUUGCGAUCUGGAUUGGACACCAUCAUUUACUGAUCUUAAAUCCACGGUAUUGACAUGACGCGGCUUGCCAUCGAUGCUUCUGGUGUAAAAAUUUGGAUAUGAUAUUCCAUCUGUAUAAUUUUUUAUUUUAUUUUUGGUUUCUUCCCAAAUUUUCCCCUUAGGCUAAUGUUCAGAUGUUAUUUUAUAACAUAAUAUGUUUAGAGAAAAAAACUAUCUUGAGUAUUCUGGUUUGCCUUCUAAUAUUUUUGGUUUACUAAAUUAACUCUAUUAAUUUGUUUUUAGUUUCGUAUUCUUCGUUA